AUGUCAGAAGAAUUCCCGACGAAUCCUUUUAACAGUCAAGAAGAACACGUGUACAUCAUUACUUCACUACAUUUUUCUGAGUUAAUUGCUUCCAAAUUAUUAAUAGACUGCUCUGCUUUACCCGAGAGUGCUCUUCCGAAGAUCCCGGAGACGACAAAGACGUAUAAGACGUUAAAGCCACCCGUCCCAACACUCGAUGCGCUUCGAACGAAUUACAACACAAGUAGUCCUGGAGACAAGUACACCAAAAAAGACAUAGAAAAUGCAGGACAUCUUUUAGUACAGCUUGAAAUGAAUCCUCUCUUAUUCAAUCAAGUGAGUUUGAGAGCACAAGUUGGCUUUAUUUUCAAGAAUUAUGGGAAAACGUCAUUUUGCACGGAUAGGUCAUGUGCUGUUUUAUUAGGAACAAGUCACGGGAGAGUUAAUAAAGACAAGAAGUGUAGUAGAAGUGACGAACAGCAUGGAAGGAAGUGUGUUGGUCGUCCAUAUGUUGUUAAGCCGUUGACUCUUUUAGUCCUUCAAAAGUUUGUUCGAUACGUGUUAGACCAGAAAUUUGCAAUUACAAUGGGCUCUUUAAUGGAAGUUAUUAAAACAGUGCAACACAAGUACAUCUCACGGGACACUCUCAGAAAGAUUAUAACAAAGGACUUCAAUUUAAAAAUGGUCUCUGGAACUCCUAAGCCAUUUUGUGGUCUUACAGUGGAGCCUAUAGAUAUCAUCAACAACUAUAUUUCACUUUCAAAGUACAACACCACACGAGCUUGUUUAGUCUUUAAUAUCAGUGAAAUUUCUCUACAAGAUGAUGUCUGUGAAUUAGACAAAAAAGUGGAGAUCAUGUUACCUAAGAGUGUCGACACAGACACCAUCAAAGUUGGGAUUGGAAAGGUCCCCAAAAGGAUUUCAAUGCUCACAAUGACGAGUUUGGACGGAAAGAGUUGUUGUACUGCAUUUACUGUAUUGAAGGACACGGUUGCUUUAAGUGUAGCAAAAGAGUUUGACCACAUCACUUUCAUGAAGUCUGAGACGGGAUACGUCACACAAGAGAUCUUUGAGAUGUGGGUGUUGAACUUUGUCUUAAAGACAAUCAGCGCAACGAAGACACAACUGGGACUCUCUCAGAAAGAGCCCAGUCUUAUUCUUAUGUCUGCGGGUGUUCAUACACUUAACACUCUGAAACGCCAUUUUAACAUCAACAACAUCUUUGUUCACACUUUCCACGAAAGUACAGAGAACGUCGUCGACCCGUUUAAGUUGUGUCUUUAUGAAGCAAAAAUGGGUUUGCAUAUGACAAACACUUCGAUGAGAGAAUGCGCGAAGUUGAAUGUUAUUAAAGACUUGUUGUCGACUUUGUGUGAGAAAGAAGUCAAUUUGUCGAAGGGGAGGACUCCACUCUAUUCUGAUGCUCAAAAAAUAGUCUUUGGUAACGUUCUUGGGACCUUUGGACAUUCUGGAAUACAUAAAAUGAUAACUGAGUCUUUUGAACAGAGCGGGAUAGUGACGCGUUUUACUACAUUGGCUUGGAGAAUGUAUGUUGAUGUUAGUAGUUCGCAGAGAUUUAUAAGUCGCUUUAAGAAGUAUUAUGAUGAGUGGGUCGAACCAAAUAAGGAUUUGAAAGACAUGUUAACACCACCUGUUAACGACGCCGAAACACUUCCCGUUGUUGUUCCAUUUCAAGAACGCUCAAUAGAAGAAAGGUUGAAGGUACAAAUCAAAGAGCUGAGAGGUGUCCUUUCUGGGUAUGAAAAUAUCAAAACUCGAAUAGAGCAAAGUGGUGAAAAUAACACACCACAAAAUGCGGGAAAUCUACUCACAACACAUUUGCCUUUACUUAAACCAAAUUUGAAAAUUGAAAAUCUGAAAAUUAUGACCGACUUGGAUGAAAGAGAUUUGAAGGACCUUGUCUUCGAGCCUAUUAAAGAAAAUCAAAGCGAUGUCGAAUUCCAUGAUAUGUGA